AUGGAAGACCGCCUACACGACGAAACCGCCCUCGACAGCCUCUCCAUGGGCAAACUCCAAUGCGACCCAGAAGACCUGCCCCAAUACCUCUACCGCGUCCAAUACCCCUCCUGCAACACCACCCUCACAGACGAAGGUCUCCACGCCUCCGACACAGAUCCCAUAUCCGAAGACGACAUCGCCACCUUUCGCCAAUCAGUCGUAGACUUCUCUACGUGGAACCGUAACCACAAGACACCCUACAUCUCGCUCUUCUCCAAGCGGGAGGUGGCCGAGGACUUUGCGCUCAAGAAGGCUGGGGAGAUCAAGGUGAUUAAGAUUGAUACCUUCCGACUCCCGGGGAGUGCGCGAGUCUUCAAGUUGAGUUCGGUGAUCAAGACGUUUGGGAUUAAACCCGUGGGAACGGCACAGAUGAGUGAGGGCAUAUUCCUCUGUUUGCAUCAUGUACCAGCCAAGACGGUUUUGGAGGCGAAGACGAGGGAUCAGGUUGAGCUUGACCGCUUCAUAGAACAAUACUGGUCCCACCACAAGCAAGGCUACGACGAGCAGAAAUGGGAGCCGAAAGUCGUGAUUGCGAGGGCUGCGAGUGUUGAAGGGAGGAGGCCGAGCUUGAAGCAUAGGUUCUCUGUUAGACGUGGCAUGUCGCAGAAGUUGGGGACGAAGUUGAGUAUAAGGUCUGUGAAGACGGAAGAGAGUAGGACGGAGGCGGUGGAUAGUAGGUGUAUGGCUAGCUCCGGAGGGUGCAGUGAUGCACAUCAUGUUGGAUCAAAGAACGGGGGAGAAUGA